AUGCGACCAAGUCUCCGUUCACUUGCUGCUCCCGUCACUCCCUCGUUCAGACCAGGCCAGCGGCCGCAAGCGUUGGCCUUGCUCCCUCCAAUCCCUCUAUAUCGUCGUCUCCUGCGCAUUCACCGCAAGCGGCUCAAUCCUGAGGAACGGGUCUUCGGCGACACAUAUUUGAAGGCGGAAUUCCGAAGACACAAAGAUAUCGAAAACCCUCUACACAUUGUCGGAUUUCUGACGGAAUGGCAACAGUACGGCCAGCAACUUGAAGGGGAGGACUGGAAGGGGCAAAAAAUUGAUUCUCAGUUGUUGGAUAAAUUGAGUGACCAACAAGUCGGGCAGAUGUACGAGCUAAUGUUGGCGAUUCAAAGGAGAGGGAGAGACAGUGUCGACGAGGAAGAGGAGGGAGACAUUUUGAAGGCGAUUGAAGACGCCCAAGCCUCAGGUACAAAUAAGCAGUCAUGA